AUGGUGAGUCGACCGCUCGACUUCUACAGCCCAAGCAGCAAAGCGAAAUCGAAGUCGGAAACUGACAUCGCGGAUGGGGGUGGCUACACUCGCCAGUCCCGACAGCGCAACAGGCCGACAAGGUCGAAGGGUUUGCACGUCGGCGACGACGACGACUACGACGACGACGACGACGACGACGACGACGGCGGCGACGACGACGACGACGACGGCGGCGACGACGACGACGACGACGGCGGCGACGACGACGACGACGACGACGACGACGACGUGGUGCCCAUCUAUUACGCUACCGUGCGCUAA